ACCUCGUCUUCCCGUGUCGUUAUCCUCCCAAUUGUACCACUUCCUCCAAAAUGCUGAACCAAAUUACUACUGCAAGCGAAACCACUACAUCACACUACUAGCUAGGCCAAUUCCAUCACGUCUCUCUCAGUCUUCCGCUGAUCUCCGUUCUCUCUUUCUGUUUCGGUCCCCGUAGAGAUCUCCAACGUCCUCACCGUACUUUUCAGCUUUGAUCAAAGGAUGGAGGAGAUUACUAACGUGAUGGAGUAUGAAGAAAUCGCGAGGCAGAAAUUGCCCAAGAUGGUAUAUGACUACUACGCCUCUGGCGCUGAGGACCAGUGGACUCUCAAGGAAAACCGCAAUGCCUUCUCUCGAAUCCUGUUUCGUCCUCGGAUUCUUGUUGAUGUGAGCAACAUUGACAUGACAACGACUGUACUGGGCUUCAAGAUUUCGAUGCCAAUCAUGAUUGCUCCAACCGCUAUGCAGAAAAUGGCACACCCUGAUGGGGAGAAUGCGACAGCAAGAGCAGCUUCUGCAGCUGAUACCAUUAUGACUUUGUCAUCAUGGGCUACAUCCAGUGUUGAAGAGGUAGCUUCAACAGGCCCUGGCAUUCGCUUCUUCCAACUCUAUGUGUAUAAAGACAGGAAUGUAGUCGCUCAGCUGGUUAGGAGAGCCGAAAGAGCCGGGUUCAAGGCAAUUGCUCUUACAGUUGACACUCCAAGGCUUGGUCGGAGAGAAGCUGAUAUCAAGAAUAGGUUUGCUUUACCACCCAAUCUGACGCUGAAGAACUUUGAAGGCUUGGACUUGGGCAAAAUGACAGUAGACAAGACCAGUGACUCAGGAUUGGCUUCCUAUGUUGCUGGCCAAGUCGACCGGACGCUUAGCUGGAAGGAUGUGAAGUGGCUUCAAACCAUCACCUCACUACCAAUUUUAGUGAAGGGGGUGCUGACAGCUGAAGACGGUAAAGCAAAAAAACCAACCCAAACUCAGUUCCUGCUUCCCACAUUUCUUCUUGCCUCGGGCGGUCUUACGAUUUCCAGCUGGUGUGUUGAAUGACAGCGAAGCUGGCAGUACAAAAUGGAGCAGCAGGGAUCAUUGUGUCCAAUCACGGAGCCCGGCAGCUCGACUACGUUCCAGCCACCAUCACUGCUCUGGAGGAGGUUGUGAAAGCUGCACAGGGCAGAGUGCCUGUGUUCCUAGACGGUGGAGUUCGCCGCGGGACAGAUGUGUUCAAGGCACUUGCGCUGGGAGCUUCUGGUGUAUUUAUUGGGAGGCCUGUGCUGUUCUCAUUGGCGGCAGAUGGAGAAGCUGGUGUGAGGAAAGUACUGCAGAUGCUGAGGGAUGAGCUUGAACUGACAAUGGCGCUAAGCGGCUGCACAUCGCUCAAGGAGAUUACCCGCAGUCACAUCGCUACUGACUGGGACCCUCCUCGCUCGCUCCCUAGCAGCAAGUUAUGAAUUGAAUUGGAACCCCGUAGUAAUGUUGUGAAUAAGAACCUCCCCCAUUGUUGGAAAAAGCUUGGAUCCAUCCAUCGUUGUGUAAACUUGAAGAUCGUUGAAAAUUGAUGAUGCACGCACUUAGUAAGAAGAGGAUUAAGUAGCCAUGAGAACAGCUGUUGAUUUGUGUCACCUAGCUACUUAGAGACAACAACUGUUGAUUUGUGUGGGUGAUAUUUGUUUUAGGGAGAUUUGAAUUUAAUAAAUGUAUUUGUGUGGGUAGUUUGGAUUGAGUAUUUGGCAAACUUGUUAUUUGGGCCAAUUAUCACACAAUUCUCCAUUUCAAAUUUUGAGCAACUAGAGUGAAAGUAGGAAGGGUAUUUUUGUGUUCACAAUUAGUUAUUUAUUUUGUAUAAAAAUAUAUCAGCACCAAGAUUUGAA